AUGGCCCCCACCCUCAACAUCACACACAUCGGCACCGCAACCGCAAUCCUCGAGAUCAAUGGGAUCAACUUCCUCACCGACCCUUUCCCUGUCUCCUUUUACACCCACACGCGCCACCCAGACAACCUCGACCCGCCCGGCCCCCAGCUCCUCGACGCCCGGCCAGUCUUCACAACCGUCGACGGCGCGCGCAACCUUGCCCCACGGCCCGCCGUGCACGGCAUGAAGCCCUGGUCGGAGCUCACCACGCGCAUCGGCGGCCAACCAUUCACCAUCAUCGCCACGCCGACGCAGCACGUCCCCGGCGACGAAUGCACGGGGUUCCUCGUCACCGCCGAGAAUUUCGGCCGGGGACGCCACAACCUGCCCAACGCCGUCUCCUUCACCGGCGACACGGUCUACAUCCCGGAACUCGAGCAGAUCGCAGAGCGGUACCACGUCUGCGCCGCGGUGAUGAACCUGGGCAACGCGCAUGUGCCGUGGCCGGAGAAUCCCGAAGGCCCCCAGCUGCAGAUCACGAUGGGCGGGAGGGAUGGGGCGCGGCUGUUCCGCGCCCUGCGGGCGGAUGUGCUGGUACCGAUGCAUUACGAGUCGUGGGGCCAUAUCACGCAGUUCGGGGAGGAGUUGCGCGAGGUGUUUAAGGCGGAGGGGAUCAGUGAGAAGGUGCGCUGGUUGCGGGGCGGGGAGAAGGUGGCGGUGCUGUAG